GGGAGACGGACAAUUUCUCAUGUUUCUCUAGAAAUUUUAUCUUUACCAAUUUCAAAGUCCGAUUUGCCUGUGACUCCUUACGAAACAACUUUGUUCCUUCGUUACAUUUCACAGCAGUUCUCCUGGAGUGCUGUUUCUAUUCGGGAUAGAACAAAAGGGAGUCCAGCCUACAAAGGUGUUCUGGUUGCACAACACAUUAACAUGAGAAUGGAUAGCCACAUUCCAUCAAAAACUCUUCUGGUCUUCCUACUCUUGGUGGGGUUCCUUGGGGCCAGUUCCGGUACCCUAAGUUCAAGCACUGAGGAUGCCAGCUAUGCCAGUAGAUACAGAUCUCUAGAAAGGUUACAUCAUGAUGUAACUAGCAUUAGUAACACAACAACUCAGGACGAGUUAUUUGAUUUUGCUGAUAGUUUGGAUGUUUUGAAAAAUCUGUUUUCUUUGCCAAGCUUGUUAAAACGGAAAUAUCAACUACGUAGUACUCAGGAUGAAUUGCUGCAGCAGAACAUCUCAGAAACUUGUGUCAACAACACUAUGCAGAUUGUGGAAGGUCUACUCCGGAGAGAGGGAUGGGCUCUCAAAAUGUUGGAUGCAGCUGGAAAGCCAGCCAGUGGCCUGAUGGAGGGAAAUCUCUACUGGUUCGGUUCAUAUGAUGAGUGUUGGACCAUCCAUGCUAGCAGCAUCAAUGACUCCUCAGUCGACUUUGAUGGCCGGUAUUGUAAGAUGGGAAUAGGUGCACCACAUGCCAAGGUGCCCUUUGGGAUCGCGGGAGCAUUGACUGUCACCUACGGGGUGUGUUUGCCAAACAGCUGCAGCGGAGAAGAUGCAGAGGUGAUGUUCAACACUUUAAUUGGACUUGCAACUGGUACGCAGAGGCUUCCAGUCCAGAACCGUACUGUUCAGGUGUUUACUUCAGAGUGUAAACUUCAACCUGCUGACCUUGAAUGGACAGGUGGGGCUAUAGCUGCGCUGUGUGUCCUGUCGCUCUUUACGUUCCUCCUCAUAAUCGGUACGAUCUAUGAUAUCCUUCAUCAACACACCGGGAUCUUCAAAAAUAGGCCAAAAUUGUACAUGUCGGAAAAGCACAUCAUCAACCAAUCAGCAGAUGGCAGCACUGUGGAAAAUGGCGAGACGAUUUCGUCAGCUAGCGUGGAUGUCAAGCAAAGUGGUGAAGUUGGGAAAUACUCCAAGAUGUCAGAUCCUGGCCAGCAACAAAAACCUGGUAUUCUCCAUAAUGUCAUUGUGGCCUUCUCUGUCUACACGAAUGGUGUUAAGAUGCUGGGAACAGCACAACCUGAGGGGUCUCUCCGGGCAGUCCAUGGCAUUCGCUUUAUCAGUAUGUCCUGGGUUAUCCUUGGACACACUUUCUUCUUUCUCUUGACAUCACAGACUCUUGGAAAUAUUGCACCCUACUACCAGAUGAUGCUGGAACGAUGGACGGCCCAAGCUAUCCUCAAUGCCACUGUAUCUGUAGACACCUUUUUUGUCCUGAGCGGUGUUCUCCUCAGUUACCUGUUCAUGAGGGAGAUGGGUAAGAUGGGAGGUCCGAGGAAAGUCAACUGGUUCAUGUUUUACUUUCACAGAUACUGGAGACUGACCCCUCCAUACAUGCUUGUGAUGCUUAUGUAUGUUCCAUUGUACCGCUAUUGGUCUGAAGGUCCACAAUACCCACAGGCUGCUUAUGGAAUCGAUGUGAACUGUCCAAAGUACUGGUGGACAAAUAUCUUGUACAUCAAUAACUUGGUUCAUAGUUCUCAACAGUGCAUGGGAUGGUCAUGGUACCUGGCUAAUGACAUGCAGUUCUUCAUCAUCAGUCCGAUCAUCCUUUUGGCAUUCUACUUUAAUGCUGCGGCAGGUGGAGUUGUUACGGCCGCUCUGGUACUGAUGAAUUUCAUUGCUAGCGGAGUGAUCACUACGGAAAACAAUGCACAGGCAACAUUUAUUGCUAUGGCAGAUAUAUCUGACAAGAUCUACUGGAAGCCAUGGUGUAGGAUUGGACCUUAUGCACUUGGCAUUGCUCUUGGCUAUAUCUUACAUGUCAACAAAUGUAAAGUGAAAAAGGGUUUGAUGACAAACGUCAUCAUGGUCGUUGGUUGGUGUAUAGCCAUCGUCCUCGGAAUCCUUGUCGUCUAUGGUCUCUAUGAUGACUACGAUGGCAGCGUCUCUCCGCAGGCUGUUGCCUCUCUUUACAAUGCUACCGCCAGGACUGGUUGGGGGUUGGCAGUGUGUUGGGUCAUCUUUGCUUGUGUCACAGGUUACGGAGGCUUUGUUAACAUGUUCCUCUCCUGGAAAGGCUUCAUCCCACUGAGUCGUCUGACAUACUGCGCAUAUCUUGUCCAUCCUGUCAUCAUGACAGUUUACUAUACGAGUCUGAGAGCGCCAUACAUAGCCACGGAUACUAUGCUGAUCUAUUCAUUCUUCGGACACUUGGUCGCCGCAUACGUGAUUGCGUUUGCUACCUCGCUUCUAUUCGAGUCACCCAUGAUUGGCCUGGAGAGGGCCCUCUUCAGGAAAUGAGUGAUGUGAUAUUUUGAUUGUGAUUCACUUGUGAUUGUUUCAAUGUUAUUUCAUCACCCCAGAGAAUCAAUUCCAGAGCUCCGAGCAUAACCUUCUUCCAAGCAUCUGCUCCAUUGUCUCAAAUACCAAAUUCUGUUCUUAUUUUACUGGGACAUUGGGAUCUGGGGCCCUUCGGGGACUCAAUGAUCGAAGUUUAACAUUAAGUAUCCAGUAGGCUGAAUUGUAAAAACCUUUUGAUUGGGUUGCUUAUAUUUGCGAUCUUAGCGGAACUACAGUUCUUGAAAGCUGUCCACAGCUGGCCCGAAUGCAAAGGAACCUGAGAUGCUUGGAACCACGUAAUGCUUGGAGUUUGGGAAUUUGAAUCUUCGAGGUGUUCAUAGGAGAGAUUAUGAUAUGUGGUGUUUGUUGACCUUCAGCUCAAUUCGAUAUUUUAAUGUCUUAUUUAUACGUUAGUUCAAUCAGGAAGAGGGUUACUAUAGUCGUAGUUCCACCUAUCAUAAAACCCCGUGUUUUUUCAAGACCCGUGUCUUUGCCGUGUGUCAAAAAACCUGGGGCGCACUUACACCUAUCAGUGGUGUUAGAUAAUGGUUAAUAGCCCCGGCGACAGGUGCGCUGUAGGUAGAGAGCUCUCCUGUGUUUCUUUCCCAUUGGAGGGGAAUUUUGCAUGCGCAAUACCGAGGCAACUACACCGCGCCAUCUGUUGCCGGAUCUUAGAACUUGCAAUUGCCGUGUCUAUUCAGAUUCCACCUAUCAAAAAACCCGUGUUGAACACGGGUCUAAAUUAGCCCCCGAUUAGCCCCAUUGAGCUCGAUGGGGCUAAUAGACACGGGGAUUUGACACACGGGUCUAUUUAGACACGGCAAUUCAUAGGUGAAGGCGCAAAAGACACGGGGAUUUGAUAGGUGGAAGUGCGACUUAUGAUACCACAGGCUACGGGUCUAGGGUUUUUCUACUUAAAUGUCUCAAUACUCGGUACAAUCUUUUUUUGAUUUGUCGUAAAAUGGCAAGUGGUUUCAGGUGGUAGGUAAUAGGUAGUAGGCCUAACUCUCUUUACUUACUCAGUUUUGAGGGGACUCUAGGCAGUACAGUGGAUUCUUUAGUAAGGCCUCAACCCGGUAUAUACCGGUAAUGUCAGCUAAAUGGUUAAAAGAGAGCAGAAGGUACACUUAAAAGGAUAAUCAGUGAUGACACGCUCAUGAGAUGUGCUAUUUGUGAAUGGACAGAGUAUGUUAUAAAUUACCAGAUUCUACUUUUGUUGAACUGAAGAUAUAUAUUUUUAUACUGAUUAAGCAAAUAUUCUAAUGUUGAAUAUUUUUCCAAUGAGUUUCUUUUUUGAUCACAUGAUUUUUAUAUUGUGACUGAAGCACAUUGUAUACUUUCGAUUCAGCAAUAAAACUGUGAUUGUUGCAA